AUGCCCACAGGCCUGGACGAGUGUAGCGGCGCCGCCGCCCCUUCCGGCCGGCUCGUACCGGCCGCCGACGGCGCUGGCGGAGGCGGCGUGCUGCCCGUCAGCGCUAGCCCCUCCCUGGCUGGCCUGAUGCACAUGCAGCUGCCGCCGCCGCCGAUGCAGCUGCAGCUGCCGCCGCUCAGCAUGGGCAUGCAGUCGCCGCUGCUGCCGCUGACCAGCUUCCCCAGCGGCGGCGCCGGCAGCGGCAGCACGGCGGCGAUGCCCGGUGCUUACCUCACCCUGCCCUUCAUGCACCACCAGCAAGAGGGCGCCAUGGCAGCCAUGGCAGCCUCCCAGCACCUGCACCAGUUCUCCCUGCCGGCGGCCGGCAGCGCCUCCGGGCUGGGCGGGCUGUCGCUGGGCUGGCCCUUUGGCGGCGACGGCGGCGCGGCGGCGGCCGCGGCUGCAGCCGCCGCCCAGCUGGCGCCCGCAAGCUCCGGCAUGCUGCAGCCGCCCACAGGCGCGCUGCACCGGGACGCCGCCCAGCAGCCCAGCCAGCAGCACCAGCAGCAGCACCAGCACCAGCAGCAGCAGCAGCAGCAGCAGCAGCAGCAGCAGCAGCAGCGGCAGCAGGCUCACCAGGACGAGGUGUCUGCUCCCCAGAUCAUGAGCAACACAGACGUGGGGGGCAGCACCGAAGGCACGCAGGCCUGGGGCGGCGGCCCCGUCGGCGGCGGCGGCGGAGGAGGAGGAGGAGGCGGCACCGGCAGCGGCCGUGGCACGGCGCUCGAAGGCGAUGAGAGCGGCGCCGCCGAGUCGCGGCUCAAGGCGCCCGCCGCCUCCCGCAAGGCCCCGCUCAGCCAGCCCCGCAAGGGCGUGGUGUGGGACCGACAUGGCUGCAAGUGGCGCGCCCGCCUGCACACCGACAAGACGCGGCACAUCGGCUAUUUUGAGAGGGAGGAGGACGCGGGCCAGGCCUGGGACCUGGCGGCGCUCAACUACUAUGGAGAGACCAGCGAGGCGCUGUCGCGCAUCAACUUCCCAGCCAGCCUCACCCUGUUCCGCCAGCAGCAGGCGGCGGCUGCGGCCGCGGUGGCCGCGCGGCAGCAGCAGCAGGCGGCGGCGGCGGCGGCCGCGCAGCAGGCGGAGGAGGAGGGCAGGCCGCCCGGGCAGCCGUGCGAGCCGCAGUACCGAGGCGUGGCCAAGCUGGCCAAUGGGCGGUACCGUGCCACUCUCAGGCAGGCCCAGACCACGCUGCCCAUCGCCGACUUUGACACGGCGGAGGAGGCGGCGCGGGCGCACGACCGCGAGGCACUGCGACUCAAGGGCCGCGGAUCAAUCACCAACUUCCCGCUGUCGGACUACCUCGGCCCAGAUGCGGCCGCCGGCCUCGCUGCCUCGCCCUCCGCCCCGCGCCUGGCCUGCGGCGGCAGCACCGACCGCCUGUCAGGGCUGGCCUCUGACCCUCUGUCUGGCGGCGCGCCCGGCCCGGCCAGCCAGCAGCCCGGCUGGCAGCGGCAGGGCUCCGCCGGCCCCUCUGGCGUGACCAGCGGCGGCGGCGGCGGCGGCCCGCUGCUGCACACGCCGGCCAUGGCGGGCCUGGGCUGCAAGCGGCAGAAGCUUGGGGAGGAGUCGGGCGGCGACGCGCCACCCCUGGCCCAGCCCUCGGCCACCCGGCCCCACCACCAGCACCAGCACCAGCAGCCGCACGGCGGCAGCAACAGCGGCGGCGGCGGCGGCGGCGGCGGCGCGCCGGGCGUCUUCCACAGCCCCUCUGACGCCGCGCUGGGCAGCCGCCUGGACGAGUCGGCCGGGUUUGCCGGCGUGCGGCGCCUGGCCUGCGCCAGCGGCGACCAGUGGCAGGCCUUCCUGAGCCUCGACCUGGGCAAGUUUGGCUCGGCGGAGGCGGCGGCGCGGGCGCACGACCGCGCCGCGCUCCUCGCCGCCGGCUUCCUGGCGCCGCUCAACGCCGCGCUGCCGGACGCUUAUGCGGCAGGGGCGGCGGCCACGGCGCAAGCCUCUCGGCCGGCCCAGCAGCAGCAGCACCAUCAGCAGCACCAUCAGCAGCCGCCGCCGCCGCAGCAGCAGGAGGCGGAUUACCGUGGCGUGGUCAACCGAAGCGGCGCCUGGCUGGCUCUGCUGGAUUUGGGUGGCUCGCCUUACGAGCUAGGGCCCUUUGGCUCGGCGGCAGAGGCGGCGCGCGCGUACGACCGCUACUCAAUGCUGCUGGAGGGCGUGAGGGCGCGGACAAACUUCCCUCCCUGGGAGUACCUGGCCAGCCCCGGGGAGUGCCAGGCGCUGCUGUCUGCGGUGUCGCAAGUCCAGCAGCAGCAGCAGCAGGCGGCGCGCGGCUCGCAGGCGACGCCGCAGGGCAACCGGAGGCGCACGCCGCCAUCUGCCGACCGCUUUGAGCCGUAUGCGCAGCAGCAGCAGCAGCAGCAGCAGCAGCAGGAGCCUGCUGUAAUACACGCGGUGCUGCUGGGCGGGCCCAGGCAUGCGCAGCCGGGAUUCCAGGGAGGCUUGCUCCAGCAGCAGCAGCACCACCACCCGCCCCAGCAGCAGCAGCAGGCCUACCGCCAGCAGCUGAGCCUCCCCGGCCUGCCUGGCCAGUUCAUGCCCGUCCCGGGGCAGCAGCAGCAGCAGCUGCUGCACUCCCACAGCUGGCUGCAGCCUCUCGCUGGCCAGCUGCCGCAGCUUGCCAGCAGCGGCGCUGUGGAGGCUGGGCGCCACAGCUUUGUUGGCGGGGCCUCUGCGGCGGCGGCGGCAGACAGGGAUGCCGCGGGCCCCGAGGCGCCAUGGACGGCCAGCAGCUUGCCUGGCGCCAAUGUCAUGAUUGCAGGCGUAAGCGGGUUGCCAGCCAGCGCCUCGCAGCAGCAGUAGCCGGCUCCCACCCAUGGCAGCAGCUUGCGGCCUACUGCGCUGGGCUGC